AUGCCAGCUCCCGUCGUCAUUGACCUGCUGUCCUCUCCAGAGUUGCCACCAGCGCGUCCAGCUGCAUCAAGACCUGCACCGACUUCUAACCUCUCGAGUUCAGAAGUUACUGGGUUCAUUGAUCUUUCUUCCGAUAAUAUAUCUGCGUCCCUAUUGAACCUAGACCCAAAUCGACUUCAUUCCGCUGUCGCAACCACAAAGAUUGAUUCCAUCUCAACGGGUUCACAGCCCACAUUUUCCAAAAGCAAAGCAGCCCCAGCAGUCGUCAAAGGCCACAAAGACUUUUAUUUCUUGUCGGACGAUUUCGAUAGUACUGUCAACCUCGAUGAUAGUAUUUCCAAGGUAGAAGACGACCCGUUUGCUUCAGAUCCUCCUCUUCCCCCCACCAAAAGGCGACGAGUCUCUGUCUCCCCCAAACCCAUCAAACGAACAUCCGCAGCGUUUAAGAGAACGAAAACGACUGGAUCGGCUGUCGUGGAUGAUAUUACUUUUACAAGCUCCCCGGAUUUCCUUGCGGAGGCAACGAACAGACGAAGGGAGAAAUGGAAGCAAAGCCGACAAGACAAUUUAGAGGAGGACAUAUCUGCUGACAAAGAGAUCAUCAUGAAGCCGAGCAACAUCCAAGGGACGGGUUGGUCUUUCAGUGCCCUUGAUGAGAAGCCCGAAGAUUCGGACGAGGAACUGCCUGAUCUUGCUUCUGUGGCGAAGAUUGUAAAACCAUUAUUCAGAUCUUCGAACUCACAAAAUGCCCUUGACAAAUAUAAUGCGGACAAAGCCAAGGAAAAGGCUGCUAAGGAGAAGCUUGAUAAGGUUAAGGAUAAGUCUGAGAAGGCGAAGGAGAGAACUGAGAAGUCGAAGGAAAAGGCGGCUGCUAAGGAGGUUGAAAAGGAGGAGAAGCGACUCGAGAAAGAAAGGAAGGCCCACGAGAAGAAAUUGGCCACCGAGCUAGCGAAGGUCAAUACCUUGAAGACUGACAAGAAGAUCUCAACGCCAGAAAUGAUCGUUGACUUGCCUUCCUCAUUGAAUUCCAUACUCUUGGAACAGGCCUACAAGAUGCUCCGUCAGCAUGACGUUGAGUAUACCGACAGGGAGAGCGAAUUGCCUGUAGUCAGGUGGAGGAGGAAGGUGGAGGCCAAGUACAAUGAAGAAGCCGGCCACUGGGAACCUACACCACUUCAUAUCCAGCAAGAGAAACACAUCAUGUGUGUGCUCAGCGCUCAGAAAUUAGUACAUCUCAUCACCGGCGCAGAAGGUCAGGAUUUGAAUACCUACACUUUGAGACUGAAAGCGAAAUUUGAGCCGUGCGAGGUCAUCUACUUGGUUGAAGGUUAUAUGGGUUGGAUGAGGAAGAACAAAACACUGCUAAAUAGGCAGUAUACUGCUGCAGUGCGAAGCCAUGUUCAAAGCCAAAACGAAGCUCCCAGCACCAGCCAGCGGAAAAAGAAGAAGGAACCGGAAUACGUGAAUGAAGACUUGAUCGAAGAUGCUCUGUUGAGAUUGCAAAUCCAUCAUAACACCUUCAUUCACCAUACUAACGCCAUGGUUGAAACUGCCGAGUGGAUCCUUAACUUCACGCAGCACAUUUCCUCGAUACCAUACAAAACUCAGAAGGCAUCCCUAGACACCGGCUUCUGCAUGGACACUGGGCAGGUCAAGACCGGCGACGACGCAGCCGAUACUUACGUCCGCAUGCUUCAAGAGGUUUUCCGUGUCACGCCAUCUAUUGCGUACGGAAUCGUGGCCGAAUUCCCGACUUUGCGAGAAUUAGUGAAGACAUUAAAGGCCCAAGGUCCAUUGGCGUUGGAGGACUGCAGGAAAUCAACUAAUAAAGACGGAGCGUUUUCUGAUAAGCGCAUUGGUCCUGCUAUCAGUAAAAAGAUCUACAAAGUUUUUACGGAGUCAGAUCCUGGUGUUUGGAUCGUGUAA